GUCCGAAAAAUCCAGAGAAAGAAAAAAAAGAAAGGAAGAAAAAGGAAUAUAAGAAGCCAGAGAUGCCAGAAUCAACCACUUCAAAAUCAAUUCCAAAAUAGGAGAGAAAGUAAUUGUCACAGAGAGAGUGGUAAGAAGAAAAUCUUUCGAAGAGAAGAGAAUAGAAGAGAAAGAAGAGAAGAGGAGAAGAGAAGGCAGGCAAAGCCUGUUUUCUGAAUCUUCUUCCUCUGAGAAGAAAGCAAAAGAAAAAUAGAAAAGAAGAAAUGUUGGUUUGGUGCUUGGGAGAGCAUAGGGUCCGUCAGAUCCAACGUACCCUACGCCAUGGAAAGGUCUACAUCCUCUGCCUACUUCUCACCAUCGUCGUUCUCCGCGGCACCAUCGGCGCUGGAAAAUUCGGCACUCCUCAGCAAGACUUCAAUGAGAUCCGCAGCCAUCUCGUCUCCCGCAAGCGCUCAGAACCUCACCGCGUCCUUGUCGAGGCUACCACCGAAUCUACAGUCACCACCACCAACAACAACAACGUUAAUAAGCCGGUGGUGAUACAAGAUGAGGAAGAGGAUGAGAAGCCCGAUCCUAACAAACCCUACAGCCUCGGCCCCAAGAUCUCGGAUUGGGAUGAUCAACGUUCUGGAUGGCUCCGCAAGAACCCGUCUUUCUCCAAUUUCAUCGGUCCCGACAAGCCUAGAGUCCUUUUGGUCACGGGUUCUUCUCCCAAGGCCUGCGAGAACCCCGUCGGAGACCAUUACCUCCUCAAGUCCAUCAAGAACAAGAUCGAUUACUGCCGGCUCCAUGGGAUAGAGAUCUUCUACAAUAUGGCCCUCCUCGAUGCCGAGAUGGCUGGCUUCUGGGCCAAGCUCCCCCUCAUUCGCAAGCUCCUUCUCUCUCACCCGGAGGUUGAGUUCCUCUGGUGGAUGGACAGCGAUGCCAUGUUCACUGACAUGGCUUUUGAGGUUCCAUGGGACCGCUACAAGGAUGUCAAUCUCGUCAUGCACGGCUGGAAUGAGAUGGUCUACGAUCAGAAGAACUGGAUCGGUCUCAACACCGGGAGCUUCCUCUUCAGGAAUUGCCAGUGGUCCCUUGAUCUCCUCGAUGCCUGGGCCCCCAUGGGCCCCAAAGGCAAGAUCCGGAAUGAGGCUGGGAAGCUCCUGACUCGGGUGCUUAAAGAUCGGCCCGAUUUCGAGGCCGAUGAUCAGUCUGCGAUGGUCUAUCUUCUCGCCACGCAGCGGGACAUAUGGGGUGACAAGGUCUACCUCGAGAGCGCCUAUUACCUGCAUGGGUAUUGGGGAAUCCUUGUGGACCGCUACGAGGAGAUGAUUGAGAAUUACCACCCGGGGCUCGGGGAUCACCGAUGGCCACUCGUCACCCAUUUCGUUGGCUGCAAGCCCUGUGGAAAGUUUGGGGACUACUCGGUUGAGAGGUGCUUGAAGCAGAUGGAUCGGGCCUUCAAUUUUGGGGACAACCAGAUCCUGCAGAUGUAUGGGUUCACGCACAAGUCGCUUGGGAGCCGGAGGGUCAAGCGUACCCGCAAUGAGACCAGCAAUCCACUUGAGGUAAAGGAUGAGCUCGGGCUGCUCCACCCGGCUUUCAAAGCUGUCAAGGUCUCCUCUUCUUGAUCACCCAUCAUCUUGACCUUAUGAAUGCCCUCCUCCCUGCCACUGUGACAAAUUUUGAUCUAGUUACCUCAUUAAAGGCAUAAUAUGUAUGAGAUGGUGUUCAUAUGUUCUUCUUUUUGUUCCGGGUGAUGUUCUGUUGUUGUUUAGUUCGAAUGUUCUAUUCUUUUUUCACCAUUUUGUGUUUACAGUGCCUUAAUUUAAUGGUUUACAACAGAGACAGUUGUUUUCGUCUUUGCAGUCGAAUCCUGUUCAUGUAGUCCAUAAUGUCUGUGUUCGGGUGCUAAGCAAGACCAUUUCAUUUCUGAUCUGUCUGUUAUCUACUUCAUCUGAAGAUCUAUUGAAUUCCAUAUGCACAAACAGUUGCUAGCUUGUUUCUUUGGUGUUA